AUGACCACCAAAGUCCUCCGAGCAGCAGCCUGUCACGCCUCCCCAAUCUUCCUCUCCGCCUCCAGAACAACCCAGAAGGCAACCACCUUGAUCCAAAAAGCAACCUCCAACAAGGCCAACCUGGUAAUCUUCCCAGAAACAUACAUCUCCGCCUUUCCAAUCUGGAGUGCCAUCCGCGCACCAACAGAAAACCACGAUCUGUUCAAACGAAUGGUAGAUCAAUCCAUCUACAUCGACGGCCCGGAAAUCGAUGCCCUCCGCACCACGGCUCAAAGAUGCAAUGCCAUGAUAAGCAUAGGCAUUUCCGAAAAAGCGAGAUACAGCAGUGCCACACUGUGGAAUUCAAACGUGUUGAUCGGGAGCAAUGGAGAUAUUUUGAACCAUCAUAGAAAACUCCAACCUACAUUUUUCGAAAAACUUACUUGGAGUGCUGGGGAUGGAUAUGGGUUGAAAGUUGUAGACACGGAAUUCGGCAAGAUUGGAGGAUUGAUUUGUGGAGAGAAUACUAAUCCGUUGGCGAGGUUUGCGUUGAUGGCGCAAGGGGAACAGAUACAUAUAUCUACUUGGCCUGCUGUGUGGCCAACCAGAGCGUUGCAGGCGGAUAACAUUACGGGCAAAGCGAGGAAUUAUGACAAUGUUGCUGCCAACAGGACGAGAGCUGCUGCUCAUUGCUUCGAAGCCAAAUGUUUCGGCAUCAUCAAUGCUGCGUUUUUGGAUGAGCAAGCUAUUGAUAUUGUUGCGCAAGGGGCGAGCAAUGAAGCUAGUGUCAGACAGACAUUACAGCUUUCUCAGAGGGCGGCCACGAUGUUUUUGGAUCCCACUGGCAUGUUGAUGCCUGGGUUUACUGUUGAUGCUGAUGGGAAGAAGCAAGAGACGGAGUAUUUGCAAGACAGAGAGGAUAUCCUGUAUGCGGAUUUGGAUGUCUCGGAGUGUGUGGAGGGCAAACAGUAUCAUGAUGUCGUUGGUGGUUAUCAGAGGCUUGAUAUCUUUCAUCUGAAGGUCGACCAGAGUAGAAGAGAACCUGCUAGGUUUACAGAAGGCCGACGCGAUGAGGAGAGUGAGCCAUGA